AUGUACCGCUAUACCUAUCACCACAACUACCACUUCUACCCCUACGACAACUACACCUACCACUACAACAAUUACACCUACCACUACCUCAACUACACCUACCACCACCUCAACUACACCUACCACCACCUCAACUACACCUACCACUACAACAACUACACCUACCACCACAACAACUACUCCCACAACAACAACAACUACACCAACCACCACUUCAACUACACCUACCACCACCACAACUACACCUACCACUACGACAACUACACCUUCCACCACUUCAACUACACCUACCACUACAACAACUACACCUACCACUACCACAACUACACCUACCACAACUACACCUACCACUACAACAACUACACCUACCACUACAAGCACCACACCUACCACUACCACAACUACACCUACAACUACAACAACUACACCUACCACUACACCAACUACAACUACCACGUGUUGUUCUCCCUCAACUACAAUCCCUAUAACCACCACACUUACUCCUACCACAACUACAACCACCACACCUAUCACUACCACAACUACACCUACCACUACAAGCACCACACCUACCACUACCACAACUACACCUACCACUACAACAACUACACCUACCACUACAACAACUACACCUACCACUACCACAACUACACCUACCACAACUACACCUACCACUACAACAACUACACCUACCACUACAAGCACCACACCUACCACUACCACAACUACACCUACAACUACAACAACUACACCUACCACUACACCAACUACAACUACCACGUGUUGUUCUCCCUCAACUACAAUCCCUAUAACCACCACACUUACUCCUACCACAACUACAACCACCACACCUAUCACUACCACAACUACACCUACCACUACAAGCACCACACCUACCACUACCACAACUACACCUACCACUACAACAACUACACCUACCACUACAACAACUACACCUACCACUACCACAACUACACCUACCACAACUACACCUACCACUACAACAACUACACCUACCACUACAAGCACCACACCUACCACUACCACAACUACACCUACAACUACAACAACUACACCUACCACUACACCAACUACAACUACCACGUGUUGUUCUCCCUCAACUACAAUCCCUAUAACCACCACACUUACUCCUACCACAACUACAACCACCACACCUAUCACUACCACAACUACACCUACCACUACAAGCACCACACCUACCACUACCACAACUACACCUACCACUACAACAACUACACCUACCACUACAACAACUACACCUACCACUACCACAACUACACCUACCACAACUACACCUACCACUACAACAACUACACCUACCACUACAAGCACCACACCUACCACUACCACAACUACACCUACAACUACAACAACUACACCUACCACUACACCAACUACAACUACCACGUGUCUUUAUUGUGUAAGUGUUCUCCCUCAACUACAAUCCCUAUAACCACCACACUUACUCCUACCACAACUACAACCACCACACCUAUCACUACCACAACUACACCUACCACUACAAGCACCACACCUACCACUACAACAACUACACCUACCACUACAACAACUACACCUACCACUACAACAACUACACCUACCACUACAACAACUACACCUACCACUACAACAACUACACCUACCACUACAACAACUACACCUACCACUUCCACAACUACACCUACCACUACAACAAUUACACCUACCACUACCACAACUACAACUACUACUACAACAACUACACCUACCACUACAACAACUACAACUACCACAACUACAACUACACCUACAACUACAACAACUACACCUACCAUCACUUCAACUACACCAACAACUACAACAACUACACCAACAACUACAACAACUACACCUACCACAACAACCACCACACCUACCACUACAACAACUACACCUACCACAACAACCACCACACCUACCGCCACUUCAACUACACCUACCACUACAACAACUACACCUACCACAACUACAACUACACCUACCACUACAACCACCACACCUACCACUACAACAACUACACCUACCACUACAACAACUACACCUACCACUACAAUAACUACACCUACCAUCAAAACAACUACACCUACCACUACCACAAUCACACCUACCACUACAAUAACUACACCUACCAUCACUUCAACUACACCAACCACUACAACAACUACACCUACCACUACAAUAACUAAACCUACCACAACAACAACUACACCUAACACAUAG